UAUCCUAAGAUGUUUAGUUCCAUCUAUUCUUCUAUUAUUGUUGAUUUAUUCUUCUUCUCUAUAUACAUUUCCUGACCAGACAUAUACUUUCUUCCCCAGUUGCGCCCUACGCGUUAGCCUCAGGCCUUUCUCUUUAAAUUACAGCGCCCUACUUAUGCAAAUCCCACCUUCAGCAACAUCAACAACUCUUCUCAUUUGUUCAUCAGCUUCACUGCUGGAAACCUCCCAAUCAAGAGUUUCAAUAGUAGUGUUUUUCUCGGAGUUCAAGAAAGCAAGUUGACAUCAUUUAACAGGAAACUCGAAGCGAGGUACACUGAGAGACUUAGGAGAUCUCAUAAUACUUGAUUGGAGAAUGAAUGGAAAAAAGGGUAGCUUUGAGAUCAACAUUCCAUCAAUGAGUACCAAAGCCAAGCUGCCGGGGGCAGAAACUGGGAAGAAAGAUGGAAUUGGAGGAUUUUCUUGCAAGGCUUGGAUUUGGAGUGUCUGGGCAUUUGCGAAAGAAGACACAAACAGAGUAACAUUCUCAUUCAAAGUGGGGUUGUCUGUUCUUCUUGUGUCUUUGCUUAUACUAUUCCAAGCCCCCUAUGAUAUAUUUGGCACCAACAUCAUCUGGUCCAUUCUCACAGUUGCUAUUAUGUUCGAAUAUACAGUUGGUGCAACUUUCAAUCGAGGUUUCAACCGAGCACUUGGAAGCUUGCUUGCUGGGAUUUUGGCUAUUGCAGUUGCACAGUUAGCUCUACGUAGUGGCAGGGUUGCAGAGCCUAUUAUAAUCGGAAUUAGCAUCUUCCUGAUUGGGGCUAUUACAUCAUUCAUGAAAUUAUGGCCAUCUCUUGUGCCAUAUGAGUAUGGAUUCAGGGUCAUUUUAUUUACUUACUGCUUGAUCAUAGUCUCUGGAUAUCGAAUGGGGAAUCCAAUUGGGACAGCAAUGGAUCGGCUAUACUCUAUUGCCAUUGGAGGAUUUGUCGCAGUCCUAGUAAAUGUUCUGGUGUUUCCUAUAUGGGCUGGGGAGCAAUUGCAUAAGGAGAUAGUCAGCAGCUUUAACUCAGUGGCCGACUCUCUUGAAGAAUGUGUGAAGAAGUACUUAGCAGAUGAUGGACUAGAAAAUCCAGAAUUCUCCAAGACUGUAUUGGAUGAGUUUCCAGAUGAACCUGCUUACAAGAAAUGUAGAAGUACACUGAAUUCCUCAGCGAAACUUGAAUCCUUGGCUAAUUCAGCAAAAUGGGAGCCACCACAUGGCCGGUUCCGACACUUCUUCUAUCCAUGGUCAGAGUAUGUUAAGGUUGGGGCAGUUCUAAGAUACUGUGCUUACGAAGUUAUGGCACUUCAUGGAGUUCUACAUUCUGAGAUUCAGGCACCUUACAACCUGCGAGUCACAUUUCAAUCAGAAAUUCUAGAUGCAGCAACCCAUGCUGCAGAACUUGUAAGAGACUUGGGGAAAGACAUUGGUAACAUGAAGCGAAGCCUUAAAACCUCAUUACUAAAGAAGGUUCAUAUCUCAACUGAGCGACUACAACGUGCAAUGGACCUGCACUCAUAUCUCCUUAUAUCUAACAUUGAGUCUACCGACAACUUUUCUAAACCUUUUCCCAAGCUGUCUCAAACACUUUCAACCGCCCCAUUUGAUCUCUCGAGCCAAUUUCCCGAACUUGACAGCAAUAACUUAGUAAAGAAUUCAGACCCAACGAACCAAACCACACCAUCAGAUACCAUCGCAUUGGGGCACCCGGUGGAGUCUUACCAUGAGAUGAUGAGGAAGCAAUCAAGGAGGCAAUAUUCAUGGCCAUCAAGGGAAGUGGAUGCUUUUGAAGAAGAGGGAGGUGUUGCUGUGGACUUUGUGCCUAGAAUGAGAGCAUUGGAGAGCACUGCAGCACUGUCACUUGCUACAUUUACUUCCUUGCUUAUCGAGUUUGUUGCUAGGCUUGAUCACUUGGUUGAAGCAGUUGAUGAGCUUUCGAACAUGGCCAAAUUCAAGCAUGAGAGUGUAUAGAAGAUAUACGUGUUCAAAAUACAGAACUUCCCUUUGAAAAAAAAAAACACAAAGGAAAUGGAGAAAGGGGUUGUAAUCACCUGAAAGUAAAGUUACAAUAACUGAAAUUCAAUCAAAGAACUUUAAGAUUAAAGAUGA